AUGGGAAACAAGGUCUCUGCAGUGCAUGGCGUGAAAUCAGACCAUUUCUACGACCAAGGCAACGCGGUCAACGAGAUCUGGGUGGGCGACGUUGAAGUCAUCUCGCGUUUACCCUUCGGCGAUUCCGACCUCGAGCAAGCCGGCUGGCCCCCGGGGGACUUCCCAAAGAUCCCGUGGCAUCAUUUUAUCAUUCCUAUGCACAAACGAGACGAAGCCAGCAACAUGACUGCCAAAUUCUCCUUGUGGGAUGGGUCGGGGAGCUACUGUGCUUGUCAUGACUGGUUACCGAAGCAUGGGUACCUGGGCAUGUACACGAGAAUCCCCGCAUCGGCUGCGUAUAUGAUUGGAUUUUUGUUCCUUACCCUCGCUGCCUUUCUGUUGAUGUAUUUUACAUACAGACUCGCCCAUGCUUUCGGGGCCUGGCAAUAUCUACGCGAGGCAUCACGUCUCCACCCGGAUCCGGCCGCGGCCAGACGUAUGGCUAGGGAUAACCUUUGGAUUCGCCUCGGCCAAGCAUUCCUUGUGUUCGUUCUCUUUAUUUUCUUCUUAGUGAUGGGCUUGCCUGCCUUCGCUGCUGGCGCAAAUAAAAUGGAUGCUGCGAGCUUCAUUUUGUAUCAUGGGUUUUGGGGUGGCCUCGGUGCCAUUAUCAGUGGCCUCGUCAUUUCGCCCUUAGGCCUGCUGUGGGAUGCAAGAAAGCCACGUCCGGAGAUUAGGAACCUUUCGUGA